AUGGCCUUAACUUUUGGAGGCAGGAACACCAAACAGCCUGUAAUUUACAAUCGGUACAUAUGUACCAAUCAUGAAGAGCAGGGGGAUAGAAGGGCUUCCCUCACUCCGGCGCACCCCAGGGGAGCUGCCUGCCUGACUCUGUCAGUCGUUGUCUCUUCCUCAGAAGAUCAAGUGGCCCGUGAGACGGAGGAGGUGUUCCAGAGCUAUGCCUUCCACCGCUACCAGCAAGAGAGGGAAGCGGGCGGAGAGGAGGUGCCGAUGGACCCCGAGAUCGCAGAGAUCCAGCAGGAGACGGGCAGCACCAGCAGCCAGGUGGGCAGACGCCUGGCCCUCAUCGGAGAUGACAUCAACAUGCGGUAUGACGCAGAGUUCCGGAACAUGCUGAAGACCUUGCAGCCCACAAAGGACAACGCCUACGAGUACUUUACCAAGAUAGCCUCCAGCUUGUUUGACAGCGGCAUUAACUGGGGCAGGGUGAUUGCGCUGCUGGGGUUCGGUUACCGGAUGGCAAUCCAUGUAUACCAGCACGGGAUGACCGGCUUCCUCCGGAGCAUUGCCCGCUACGUGGCAGAUUUCGUGCUCCGCAAUCGCAUUGCCCAGUGGAUUGCCCAGCAGGGAGGAUGGGUGGCAGCAUUGGACUUGGAUAAUGUUUAUGUGAAGUACAUGAUGGUGGUGCUGGUCGUGGUCCUGCUGGGUCAGUUGGUGGUACGGCGCUUUUUCAGCUCGUGACUGGCGUGGAGGCCGAGGCCGGCGAUUCGGCCAAACUCUCUCUCAGCACUCUGCAAUAAAGACAUCUCCCGUGAGAGAGAGGCUCAGGGAACAAGCAAGGGAGAGCAGUAUGGAAAGGACAACUCCUCUGCUGAGACCACGCCAUCCGUGGAGCGACUGUGGAGUGCCGGCCAAGAACUACACGGAGAGGCGUUAAUGAGGGGUCUUGGGGGGUAGGGAGGAAUUGAUUAUCUCAUCCAGAGGUUGAAUACAGCAGUAAGGAACAUGGGCGUGAUGGCAUUCCCAGCAAUGGGGCGAGGGUUGCAGGUUCCUCCUGUGUACUCAGACUGGAGAAGCCCCCUUAGAGGAACAAACAUUGUUCAAAUAAUGCGCAGAGAGUUCCAUCCUCUAAUGGAUUUUAGCCCCGAUUUCACCUGCCUUCAUAUAACAGGAGUUCAGCCACAGCUGGUGCAGUCUCUGCUUGUCGGUCAUUGGAGGGGGUCAGCCAAUGCUGGAGAGUGUGUGGCAGGUUGGCUUUUACCUUCCCUUGCUCCCAGCCUACUAAACCCAGAUUUGUAGCUUCCCCGAUUGCUCGUAAAAGGCAUCCCUGGCCACCACUCAGCAAACACAGUUUGACACGUGACAAUCAGGACUAGACAUUCAGUUGCCUCCAGACAUGACAAACCGAUCCUGUUGGAGAUCUGCUUCCCAAAAGGAACAUCCCAGACACCUAACCAGAGCUGCAUCCUAGGACUGUGGUCACCAGCCCAUCCUAGGGGUAUGCAGAAGCCUGAACUUCCAGGUAGCAGCAGGUAUAUAAAGGAACAGCUGGUUUUCAAACACUAAAAUACCAUGGGGUGAAUCGGGAGUGAAUGUCUUUGGUUGCGAUCCAUCAUCCCACAUCUGCACUGUUUGGUUUACAGGUGAUGGGCUUCAUCCAAACACAUACCUUGCUGUGGACAAUCUCUCUCACUCACCGCCUGUAUUUCUGUUGCUGUCAUUCGGAGAGCUCUGAAGUCCCCAGAGCGGUGAGGGAGGGAGUGUCUAAGUCUGGAUCUGACCCUUGAUGGUUGGGUCCAUCUGUGCUUCCCACUUCAGGUUAUUGUGUAAAGCUUGUAAACUGUGACUGGAUUUAAGCUGUGUCCAUGUGGGCCUCACACUGGGUCUAGACCCAAUUCCUGCCCACCCUGAUUCUAGCACUGUUUGGCCAACCUGUGGGGAAGAAGCCAAACUGUGUUCUGAUCUAAAGAAAGCUGGAGAGCCAGAUCCUUGGAUAAUAAAUGGCUUUCAGUGCUGUGAAGCUGAAGACCUUGCUCCUGUCUAAAGGCUAGUAUAAGGGACCAAGGCUACUUAAUUUUGUCCUAAAGAC